AUGGAGCAGAAAGCAAUAGCAUCGGCGCUCGAGGACACCAUUCCCUCAACAACAAGCGAUGCUCCCGUCGGAAAGGUUUCCUGGCUUGAAUCUAAACUUAAGCCCAAAAUCAUCCAUCAUCGUUAUCCGUUCAGGGGGAAGGCACUCCUAUGGAUGACAUGUGCCUUCGGAAGCUUGGGUGAUGCCCUGUUUGGAUACGAUCAAGGUAUCGUUUCAGGCUUGCUUGUAAACCCGAUAUUUAUUUCAAGAUUUUUCUCCGACUACGGCGGCGCCGACGGUACCUCUCACAAUAUUCAUCCGGCUGUAACUGGUAUACUGGUGGCGUGUCUACAGGUGACUGCUGCCAUUGGAUCCCUAAUCGCUGGUCGCCUCGGCGAUAUGAUUGGCAGGAAGAAAUGUGUGCGGAUUGGAGCCUUCAUUUAUGUUGCAACGGCUUUCAUUCAAGCAUUUGCACCAGGCUUCAAAACUUUUGUCGCCGGGCGAAGUCUUCAAGGUUUGGGUGUCGGAUUCCUCUCUAUGACCGUACCUGUUAUCCAAACUGAGAUCGCUGCACCUCAUCGGCGUGGGCUCAUGGUGGGGAUAGAGUACACGUUCCUAAUCGGCGGUUAUGCACUAUCAACAUGGGUCGAUUUUGGCUUCUACCACCUGGUACCGCAGAACGAGUCCUGGCAAGGCCCUUACUUCAUCCAGAUGGGCUUGGCCUUCAUCUUGUUUUCCAUGUCCUUCUUCCUACCGGAGACACCUCGCUGGUUGGCACGCAAUGGCUUCACAAAGGAAUGUGCGCAGACAGUGGCAGAUCUUCACACCCCCGAUGGAAACACCGAGGCUCAGCAUGUGCAGCAGGUUGUGUUGGAGAUCAUGGAGGCUGUCCGAUAUGAAGCAAGCCUUGGUGAGUCGACUUGGCGAGAGAUGUUCACUCGAUAUCGCAAACGAACCUUGGUGGGAAUCACGGCGCAGGCCUUUGCCCAGCUUAACGGGAUCAACGUCAUCUCAUUUUACCUACCUACGACACUUGCCGCCGCUGGACUGAGUGACUCAAAGUCACUCCUGUAUACAGCGGCCAACUCAAUCCCUUAUGUUUCUGCUACUAUACUUACCUGGUGGCUGGCUGAUCGAUGGGGCCGAAAGCCACUUUUGAUUCUUGGUGGUAUAUCUAUGGCUAUCGCAUUAACCAUUGUUUGUGUCUUCACUGAAGCUCACAUUGCGGACAUUAACUUACGGGCCCACGGUAUCUACGCGUUCGUGGUCAUCUACAACGCCAUUUAUGGCUUCACCUGGGGCCCAAUUCCCUGGCUGCUACCUGCCGAAAUCUUCCCUCUAAGGGCUCGCAGCAAAGGCAUGGCUCUGGCGACAACCUCCAACUGGAUUUUCAACUUUGUGAUUGGCAUGUCAGCACCCAGCGCUUUCGCAGGUAUUGGCGGGUAUUAUUACGUCGUAAUAGCUGGAUUCUGCCUCUUUUCGGCCGGUUUGACUUAUUUCUACUACGUCGAGACAGCCCAUCAUACCCUCGAAGAGAUUGCUCUAGCAUUCGGCGACAAGGCCUUUGCAUCAGAAGAUGAUGUGGUCGUUACCGCAGCACACCUGGAUGGCUAG